GGGGUAUAUCAAGCAAAAUGUGGAUAUUCCUGAUAUUAUUCUACUAGGGCUGGAGACCUUAGAACAUCCAUAACUCACAUGACUACAAUAUACAGUCCCCUCCACGCACAUUUCCCAUCUCACCAGCUUUAAUUAUCUGAUUUGGGUGUCAUGUGAGGAGUUUGCACUAUAAAACCUGGAUUACAUAAGUCAUGACAUAAUCAGUCCAUAGAAAAUUUUUAGUGAGAUUACAGUGAGACAAUUGAGCAAAGCUCCAGAGGAACAAAAAAUGUUAAACCUGAAAUAAAAUUUUCUUUUCCUUUAAUAUCAUACCCUUUUACUUAUAUCACCACAAGGAAUAACUAAUCAUCAUGGGUAAAGGUAAACCAAGAGGUCUUAAUGCCGCUAGAAAAUUAAGAGUCCACCGUCGUGACAACAGAUGGGCCGAUCAAUCCUAUAAAGCUAGAUUAUUAGGAACAGCUUUCAAAUCAUCUCCAUUUGGUGGUUCUUCCCAUGCCAAAGGAAUUGUAUUAGAAAAAAUUGGUAUUGAAUCUAAACAACCAAACUCUGCUAUUAGAAAAUGUGUUAGAGUCCAAUUAAUCAAAAACGGUAAAAAAGUUACUGCUUUCGUUCCAAAUGAUGGUUGUUUAAAUUUCGUUGAUGAAAAUGAUGAAGUCUUAUUAGCCGGUUUCGGUAGAAGAGGUAAGGCUAAGGGUGAUAUUCCAGGGGUUAGAUUCAAGGUUGUUAAAGUCUCUGGUGUUUCAUUAUUAGCUUUAUGGAAAGAAAAGAAGGAAAAACCAAGAUCAUAGAUUUCUUAUUAUUGUUAUAUUAUAUCAAUAAAUCAUCAUAUAGUAAUAGUUUCUACCAUAAAAAUAUAAAAAAGUCAUAUAUUAAAAUGGGUUUAUUUUCAAAUCAAACCAUGUAAUAUCUCAUCCUUUUUCAAAAUGUUUAUCUGAAAUAUAUCAAAUCCUUUUCUAAUGAUUUAUCACUAAGUAUCUACUACUACUACUACUAUCUUUCAUUGAUAAUUCACAAUAAUUUUCAUAAUCUUUUUCUAAUUUAAAAAAUCUCACGUGUAUAUUGAAACUUUCAAAUAUAAUAUUCCAAACAUAUAUCUUUCAGGUAAAUGAAUUUAUAAUAAUGGGAUAACCCUAUCUAUAUCAUUAAGUUGUUAUCCUCUGUAGAAAAUCCCUUCAAAUUAGUGAGCUACUAUAAUCUAUCUGUAAACGAUCUCUCUACUAAUCUUCAUAUUAUUUCCAAAUGCGUUUAUUACUAUUAUUUUUAUACUAUACAACUAAAAUCCAGG